AUGACAGAUCCCGAGCCAUCUGCUGGACAUGAGUCCUCUGGUCGUCAGGAGUUGUCCGCGUCCAGUCCGAUACAACGGCUUCCCCGAGAGCUGGUUGUGGAUGUCCUAGAGCAUCUUAGGCCAUCCGGGUCCCUCACCACUAUAGAGUCCAACUGUCACUAUCCCGAUGUUGAAGAGUCGUUCUUCACUUCAAGGACCUCGUUUGCGAGUCUCUGCCUUACUUCGAAACUGAUGCACUCACUUGCCAUUGAAUACCUCUAUCGAACAGUUGUUCUUGCCAACAACUUGGAGCUACUACACUUCUUCCGCACCAUCAGCAACAACACCAACCUUCGUUCGAUGCUCACUUCUUUUGCCUGGCCCGUAAUUUUAGGCAUCGACGAAGUCGAGUUCGACGGCAUGGACUUACUCGUUACGGAAGUAUAUCCUGAUCUCGACCCCAAGAGCUGGGCAGCGAUUGCAUGGCACAAUCAAGAAGAUGCGGAGAAGUAUAAGAGGGUGGGCCUCAGCAGCUCAAUGAACGCGGCGUACUGGCAGGUUCUGGGGGGCAUUUUUUCCACGACCCCCAAUCUCAAGUCAAUCUUCUUCUUUCACCCGAAUCACCGAAUCGGCAUGAUGCCUUGCUAUCCCGGAUAUGAUAUGUUCAUGGGGCUCUUGACGCCUCCAUGGGUCCCCAAGACGGCUCUCCGACAGUUGCGAACCAUCACUCUAGAGACGUGGCCCGGAAUUCCAUCGCAUUUCGUCACAAGAAGCCUCGUGGCGCUGCUGCUCAAUUCACCGAUCCAUCGAGUCGAAGUCAAGUUCCGCCAUUCUUUACAUGAAUUCCGGGAGGCUCUUGAGGAAUGGGAUGUGCCCGACUUCUCUGCAGAGUCUGUGAGGGAGCUAUUCACCAUUGACGCUUGGUCCCAACCUGAUGAACUCGUCCACGUGGGAAGGCUAUAUCCAAACCUCACAUCCCUUGAACUUGAUUACGCAUCCGACUGGAUUCCUUUGAACAAGGAUGCAAUCGCCGGCUUGUCCAAGGGUCUUCUCAGCCUUUCAGGAACUUUGGAGCGGUUAUCUCUCACGUGUCACAAACUUGAGAGACCCAACCCAGAAGGCGCGGAACCAAUAUUGCCCUACCUAAAAGACAUGAAAGUUCUAAAGCAUCUGACCACGACUUUUUUCUACCUUUUUGGGACGAAGGACAUAGUCAAGGAGCUGGAACGACUCGAUACUCUUCCCUCGACGCUCAUAUCUCUUCGCCUGCUAGAUCUCAAUCGUCAUGAUUCCUGGGAAGCUGAGCCCGUCUACGACCAGGCUCUCACAAGGCUCGAGGAGAACUGCACACUCCGACUUCACAAUCUCAAGUCCGUUGUAUUGGUCUUGGGUACAAACCAUUUUGAUGGAAACGCGGCAACAUUGGCUGCCAAAUUCACGAAACUAUUUGCGCUACAUGGUGUCAAGUUCCGCGUCAUCACAACCGAGAUAUCGAGGGGAGAGACUUGUACAUCGUGGGCAAACAUUGAUUCAGUCAAUGAAUGA